CCUCAGACAGGGAUUUUUGGAAUCCCUCCUCCGCUAUUUACAUCAUCAAGCUAGGGCCCUCUAGUUGUGCAGCGAGGCUGACACACUAAUGCAAAGGACGGGAAGAUAAUAUUCAUUGCAUGGAGCCGACAUGGGAUAUGCUGAAGCAGUUAGAAAAUCAUCGCUGAGUUAGCUAAACAUUCCUGCAUAACCACCAUGGCUAAGCAGUAUGAUGUUCUGUUCAGACUAUUGCUUCUCGGAGACUCCGGAGUGGGAAAAACGUGUUUGUUGUGCAGAUUUACGGACAAUGAAUUUCAUCCUUCGCACAUUUCCACAAUCGGUGUUGAUUUCAAAAUGAAAACCCUGAUGAUUGACGGUAUCAAGGUCAGGAUACAGAUAUGGGACACCGCAGGCCAAGAGAGAUACCAGACUCUAACCAAACAAUACUACAGGCGAGCGCAGGGAAUAUUCCUGGUUUAUGACAUCACUAGUGAAAGGUCAUUCCAGCACAUCAUGAAGUGGGCCAGUGACGUGGACGAGUAUGCUCCUGACAAAGUGCAGAAGAUCCUCAUUGGCAACAAGUCUGAUGAGGGCCACAAGAGGCAGGUGGCCACAGAGACGGGGACCAAGCUUGCCAAAGCAUAUGGAAUGGACUUCUAUGAGACAAGUGCCUUCACCAAUCACAACAUCCAAGAGUCUUUCACACGACUGGCUGAGCUGGUUCUUCAGGCAAACUGGAAAGAUCUGGACGUACUCAGAGCAUCUGUGACUGAGGAGCUGAACAUCGCCGCCCUAGAGGACCAGGAAGGCAUUGGCGAAGGCCAUGGAGACUCGCAAAAAGCCUGCUGGUGUUGAAAAAAAAAGUAAAUGUCCUUCCCUUUGCAUGGCCAUCAAGGUUUGACAAGGUUUUAUUUUUCCUUACAAAAAGACCUUGAGGACAGACAACAC